AUGAAGCUGGCCGAGUAUUAUCCAAGUGAGUUUGGCGACAGGGAGCUUCGGGAUCUCCGUUACCAGCUUGAUAGUUUCAUUGUCUAUGCUCAAAAGUGUAAUAGCAUGUUUCUCAACUUGAAAGGAAUUAAGGAUCUUGCUAUAGUGAUGGCCAAAACAAAAUUGAAUCAAACUUGGUGUCUUGUUUAUUUACUUGUGAAGCUGACGUUGAUUUUACAUGUUGCUACGGCAAGCGUGGAAAGAACAUUCUCCUCAAUGAAGCACAUAAAGAAUGAUCUACGAAAUAGCAUUGGUGAUGAAUUUUUGAAUGGUUGUUUAGUUUGCAAUAUAGAGCGUAAUGUAUUUGCAACU